AUGGUCUUCCUUGCCCGAUGCUCUGUAGACCUUGAAGCACAACACUCCGCUCAGCCAUGCUUAUCCAAGCACAUUGCCGAGGGCCUUUUCACCGCGCCCGCCCUGCAAGCGUUCUUCGAAAUCUCUGCUGGAGGCUUGAUCAGUUCAGGGCCAACAAGCUCGACAGGCUCGGAUGCGGCUGUGACCGCGGAGGUGCACAGCCAGGGCAGCGAGAUGCGCUCGGAGGACAACCUGCGGCCUCCAGAGCUCGAGUGGGUGGAGCGGCCCACACAGCUUGGACAGGCUCCUGGCGAAGAGGGCUUCGAUGCUUGGUUGGAGGAAGCGCUUCCUCGACUGAGGCAGGAGAAGGUCAAUGCCAACGUGGUUUUCGGCGUGUCCACCGCGGGGGACGUCGAGCACAGCACCGGCAUCUUGCACGACUGGUGGUCUGCUGGCGGCCACCCACGGCAGUGGGACGACUCCAGGCCCGAUCCCCACGUGGCGGACCUCAUGGGCCUUCCACGAGACCGGACCUUCAUUCUUCACGAUGGCGCUGCCCACUUGCUAGGCUGCAGCCGGCGGAUUGUACCCAUGCCUCGCCUGGCUUGCUUCUCCGUUGGCACAGGCGUUGGCUUCGGCAUCUCCGAUGAGGAGGGUGGAAUCCUGGACCCCUUCUCUUCCGCAGGCUCACGCAGCCAUCUGCUCAAUGGCGUGCCACUUUCUGGGGCGCCAUACCGCGGCACCUGGCGAAGUUGGGUGGAGCAGACGGAGCAUGUGGACGAGGUGGAAAAGGUCAUGCUGCGGGAGUUCGCAGGUAUGGCGCGGCCGUGGAACAUGCCCUGGGUUAGCCUGGUGCUUGGGCGGCGGGGGAUGGAGUUGGCAGAAGCUGCAUUCGGCUGUCAUCCUCCUCAACAUCUUCAGGCAGAGAAGGAUGACGGAGGCAGUCAACUUCCGCCGUGCGAUGAUGUUGAGCGGCGCCCGGCAAGCGCGGCCUACGCGCAACAGUGGCUGCACUUUCUGAAUACGCAGUUCCUUCCUCAGUGCUGCAGCGGAACGCGCAGGCAUAGAGCCGAGCAAGUUUGCUUUGGGGGGCUUGUGGCCGAGACGAACUGGGUCUCGCUUCAGGAGGCAAUCGUUGGCCCUGACUCUUGCGUUGCGCCUCUGCCCAUCGCAGGUCCAGCGCAGGUGCCCGCUGCAAGUGCCAAGCGUGGGAAGGCUUCCAAGAAUGCUGCUCCCGCGAAGUCGCCAACAGUGCGGGUACUUCCCCUGGCGCCCCAUGCUUCCGGACUUAUCGGUGCUGGCCUGUACGCCUUGGCGGGUCUCGGGCGCUCCGAGAUGGGCAUCUGGGCCAAGUAG